CCCGCUGGCAGCAAUGGCCGCUCUAAGGAGAUUCUUGAAGCUGCAGCAUCUAAGCGCCAGACAUGGACAGGCGGCCGCUUUCAGCAGCUGUCCCCGCCUGAGACGGGCUGGUGUGUUUGCAUCUCGGCCAGUGCCAGGGAGAGGCCUCUGGCUGGUGGCUGUUUGUGGUGUCGGAGGAGCGGCGAUGGCUUCCUAUUAUUAUUAUUGUGUGAAGUCGGAGAGCGGGAGUAGCUGGGAGAGGGGGCUCGGGCUGCUCUACGGGGAUGUGUCCGCUCCCCUCUGUGUCCCGACUAUAGAAGCCACGGGAAAGGCCAAGAGUGCAAGGGAAGAAUCUGAUAUUGAAGAUGUGGAAUUAUAUGUUUCUUCCCAAGAACAAAGAUUUAGGCUGUUUACGUCAAUGGAAUAUGAAGGUCAGCUUUUUAUGACUCCACAAGACUUCAUUGAAUCUGUUACUACAGAUGAACCAAGAGGUUUUAAGCCUCGGAAAUCACUCUCAAGACAGGAAUUGGAAAACAUGCUUGCAGAAACUCCUCCAGUAUGGAAAGGCUCUUCAAGACUCUUUCGAACUUUGCGUGAUAGAGGUCUGAUUGCCUACACAGAAUAUUUAUUUCUUUUGUGCAUAUUAACAAAACCUCACGCGGGUUUUAAAAUAGCUUUCAACAUGUUUGAUACUGAUGGCAAUGAAAUGGUGGACAAGAAGGAGUUCUUAGUGCUUCAAGAAAUUUUUAGAAAGAAAAAUGAGAAACGAGGGAGAAGGGGUGAUGAUGAGGAGAAGUCUGCACAGGUGGUGUUAAAAAAAGAUCCCCCAAAUCAUACCACUGACCGAAGUUACUGGGAUACACUAAGACGUAACACCAGCCAAGCUCUCUUUUCAGACCUUGCAGAGCGUGCAGAGGAAAGUUUCCUUGUAGACACUACACUCCUUGUGCAUUUUUUUGGAAGAAAAGGCAAAGCAGAGCUGAAUUUUGAUGACUUUUACAAGUUCAUGGAUAAUAUACAGACUGAAAUUUUGGAGACUGAAUUCCUUUCAUAUUCCAAAGGAAUGACCACGAUUAGUGAAGAAGAUUUUGCUCAUAUUCUACUACGUUAUACAAAUGUAGACAACACUGGCAGUUAUCUGGAGUCUUUUCGGCAAAGGAUUCCUGAAGAAAAGGGCAUCACUUUUGAUGAAUUCAGAUCUUUUUUUCAAUUCCUGAAUAACUUGGAGGACUUUGCCAUUGCAAUGCAAAUGUAUAAUUUUGCAAAUCGAUCAAUUGGACAAGAUGAGUUCAAGCGUGCAGUAUAUGUGGCCACAGACCUCAAGCUUUCUUCACACUUGGUAAAUACAGUCUUCAAAAUCUUUGAUGUGGACAAAGAUGAUCAACUAAGUUACAAAGAAUUCAUUGGUGUUAUGAAAGAUCGGCUGCACAGAGGAUUUAGGGGCUACAAGUCUACACAAGGAUAUCCCAGUUUCAGAGUCUGCCUAAAGAAAGAGUUCGUCAGCAGAUAAGUUUUCAAGUGGCCUGAUAGCAAAGGUUUCUACAAAUGUGUGUGGAAGGAUUUGAACAAUUUUUUAGCAGCAUUGAAGAAAAUGUAAAGCAUGCUUUUUUUGAUGAUCUAAAUAUGGCAUAAAAACCUUGACUUAAGGUUGAAUAUUUCCCGGUAAAGUAGAUUUAUGCAAAAAAACCCACAACUAACCCUAUCUGAAUUUUAUGAUUAGUCGGAACUCUUUACUGAAUUGUGGUAACUAUUCAAUACACUACUCAAAUUAUUCAACUUUGAAUUUUGAUGUGAAUGUCUCCUUAAAUUAAUAGAAAUAACAAGCACGUGUGAUUACAAGCUGUUUCUAUAUAUUAUGCCUGUGCUUCACAGUUGAAAAUCUUUCCAGUACAGAUAUGGAAUGAUUAGUCAUGGAUAAUAAUGUGGUCCAAAAUUUCACUUGGACAUGAGCACCAUAUUUACCUGUCACUAAAGACCUCAAUGUUUUCAGCUAGCAUAAUGUGUUAUUAUAAAUGUAGAUAAAUUUUGCUUUUGAACAUUCACUUAAGAUACAUCUGGUUUGUGUUGAUGAUAAAACUAGCUACAGACUUUAUAAACGCUUCUAAUUAUUUUUUAUAGCUUGAACUAUUAUUCUUAUGUGUUUCAAUACAAACAUUAUUUAUUGGUCAAACUGCUAAGGUGAAUAGCAUAGAUACAUUUAAAGAGAAGCUAGAUGAGCACAUGAAGGAGAAGGGAUAGGCUGAUAGGUUUAGAUGAAGAAAGGUGCAAGGAUGAUCAUGUGGUGCAUAAAUGCUGGCAGACCAGUUGGGCUGAAUGGUCUGUUUCCGUGUAGUAGACUGUAAUUCUGUGUAAUUUAUAUAAACUCAUAUCAGGAAAGUACACAGGUGUUGAAAUUAAUUUAAAAGAGAUGAUUGACAAGUCACUGGUGCUCUUUUAUAUCUGAGUGAAAGCUGUCAAUGUUUAUUGUCUCAGUUAAUUCUAAAAUGAUGACGUUGGUACAUAAAGCAAAUUUCACUUUUAUUACUUGUUUUCUUUCCCAUAAUCUACAUUCCAUUUAUUUUUCACCUAUUUAUUGUAUUGAGAUAGCGUAUGUUGUGCAUUUCUUUGUGGUUGUGAAAAAACCAUAGCGUAUAUACUUCCAAUGAGUUUGUAUAAUCUCAGUAUAACUGUAUAAUCAUGCAGCAUUAAAAUAUAUUGUUAAAAUUCAGAAUAGGCUACUACGGUUAUCACAGUUACAGUUAAUGCAGUAGCUACAUCAGUGAUUCAAAAGUAGCUCAACAAAGUGCUGGUUAAUAUGAAGAAUAAUGGCUGUAAAAUAGACUUUUAUAGCUUCAGUUACACAUGUUAAAAUAAAACUUCACAUUUAUUUUCAAAAAGGCAAAUAA